AUGCCCACCAAUCUUUCUCAGUGCUCAAACCUUGUAACUUUAAAUCUCAUCGAUAACCGACUUGUGGGCAAAAUUCCUCAUGAGUUCGGCUCGUUGUCAAAGCUUCAAGCUUUCAGUUUGUCUAAAAAUAGUCUUACGGGAUCUAUUCCUCACUCUAUUGGAAAUCUCUCCCAACUUUCCACUCUCUCUGUCGCAUUUAAUGGGUUGCAAGGAGAGAUUCCCCAGACAUUGUCCAAGCUUCAUGGUUUGAAGUAUUUUCAAUUGGCGUUUAACCAACUCACGGACGAAAUCCCUCUAGCAAUCUUCAACAUCUCUGGCAUUAUCUAUUUCAGUGCCGGCGACAAUCAAUUGAGAGGGAGCAUCCCCCCUUAUAUUGGUGAUACUCUUCCUUCUCUCACUUUCCUUAAUUUUAAGAGUAAUUUUUUUACUGGCAUUAUACCUCCAUCCUUAUCGAAUGCCUCCGGCCUUCAGUACAUCAACUUUUUAAAUAACAGAUUUCACGAAUUGAUGCCUGCACAUCUUGGAAGGCUGAAAGCUCUAGAAGUAUUGCUCCUUGCUUCUAACCAGUUGCGAGAUGACUUGAGUUUCAUUACCUCAUUGACUAAUUGUUCAAGGCUAGAAAUUAUUGAUGUAAAAUGCAAUUUUCUUGAAGGUCCAUUGCUAGAAUCCAUUGGCAAUCUUUCCAACAAUGUUAGAGUAAUUUCUAUGUCACACAACCUAAUUUAUGGAACCAUUCCUCCAGGAAUUGGCAAUCUCUUCAACCUAUCCUUUCUUGGCUUAUUAAACAACUCGCUUGGUGGUUGUGUUCCUUCUUCUAUUGGAGCACUCCAUAAUUUGCAUGAAAUGUACUUAAGUAGAAAUGUGCUAACGGGAGAGAUUCCGUCAUCGAUCGGCAAUUUGACGUUAUUGAAUCGCCUUUGCCUACUGUUCAACAACUUUUAUGGGGAAAUACCGCAGAGUCUUGGUAAUUGCAAGAAGCUAAUCCAGCUCGAGCUUUCCAAUAAUAAUCUAAGUGGUUCGAUCCCAUGGGAGGUUCUUGGCCUUUCUACCAUUUCGAUUAUUUUCAGGUUGGCACAUAACCAGUUGAGUGGAUCUCUUCCAUUUCAAGUUGGGUCCUUGACUAAUCUUGUUGAACUAGAUUUGUCUUAUAAUAAGCUAACAGGACCAAUUCCUAGCUCCAUCAGCAAGUGCUUGCUAUUGGGGAGGCUCAGCUUGGCAGUCAAUUCCUUUCAUGGCAAAAUUCCUCAGGCUUUAGGCACAUUAAGAGGCUUACAAGAGUUGGAUGUUUCCCAUAAUGACUUAUCUGGUGAAAUCCCGAGCUUUCUCGCUCAACUUACGGAUCUAAUGUAUUUGAAUCUAUCUUCAAACAAGCUUGAAGGAGAAGUUCCGAAGCAAGGAAUAUUUCUCAAUGCUAGCGCAGCGUUUGUUUAUGAGAAUAAGAAUCUCUGUGGAGGUAUCGCAGAACUAAACCUUCAUUCUUGCAAAUUGAAUACCUCUAAACCAUUACAGAUUGAAAAAGUUAGAGUAAUCGCCACAGUGGCGGCCGUCUUGUCAUAUUUCAUUAUGUGUCUUUGCUUGUUUAUCUUUUGGUAUCGGAGAAAGAAGUCAAAAAAGAACACCUCUUCAACUAAAUUGCCAUUUGAACACAAAUUUUCAAUGGUUUCUUAUGAAGAGCUUUUUAGAGCCUCAGACGGAUUCUCUGAGAUUAAUGUGAUCGGUAAAGGGAGAUAUGGUACCAUCUAUAAAGCAACUACACAAGAAGGUGGCUGGGUGGCGAUUAAAGUGCUCAACUUGGGUCACAAAGGUGCUUCAAAGAGCUUCAUCUCGGAAUGUCAAACCUUAGGGGCUAUAAGACACCGAAAUCUUGUGAAGAUAUUGGACGUAUGCUCAAGUGUGGAUCAUCACGGCAACGAUUUCAAAGCUCUAUUAUACGAAUACAUGGCUAAUGGGAGCUUAGAGAAUUGGAUACACCAAGGAAAUGAAGAGGACAUUGAGCAUGAACGUGAACAUAGAAAGCCAGGACAUUUGAGACUAAUGCAGAAGUUAGACAUUGCUAUUGACAUAGCUUCCGCAAUCAAAUAUCUUCACAAGGAUUGCAGCCCAAUGAUUGUACACGGAGAUCUAAAGCCAAGUAACAUCCUUCUAGACAACGAGAUGAUGGGGCGAGUUGGGGAUUUCGGGUUGGCGACGAUCUGCUUUGCUGUGACAACAGAGGCCACAGACAUUGACAACUGCAACAACUCAAUGGCAGUGAGGGGUUCCAUAGGCUAUGUCCCUCCUGAGUAUGGCAUGGGGGACAUGGUAUCCACACAAGGCGAUGUGUAUAGCUAUGGUAUUGUUUUAUUGGAAAUGUUAACCGGGAGGAGACCCACGGAAGAGGCUUUUAAGGACCAUUUAAAUCUCCACAACUUUGUCAAGGUGGCUCUGCUAGACCGAGUGAUGGAGAUCAUGGACUUAGCCAUUUUUAACGGAGAAAGUGAGAAUGAUAUGGAGAAGAUGAGAGAUUGUGUUGCCUCCGUCCUAAGGAUUGGAGUUGCGUGUUCGAUGGAGUUGCCAUGGGAUCGGAUGGACGUGGCUAAUGCCCUCAAGGAACUACAUAAGAUCCGAGCUAGGUAUAGAUCCAAGUAG